UAUAUAUAAACUAGAAAGCAUUCAAAGCCUAAAAACAGCAAAUUGAGUAGCCUGCAAGAUCCAAGGAAUAACCAAGUCUUUCCAUCACAUCCUUCUCAAAUGGCCAAAAUUCACCCUCUUCCACCUGCUGAAUCUUCUUGCUCUUUCUCUACUUCUUACAUCACUUCAGAGGCAGAGACAUUUACUGUAUGGAUGAAAUCCCUUGUGAUGCACACAAAUGGAUGCACUGUUUAUAAUCAAAAUGGAGAGAUUGUUUAUCGUGUAGAUAACUAUGACAAGAAAGGAAGCAGGGAGGUCUAUCUCAUGGAUCUCAAGGGCAGAGUCCUGUUCACCAUAAGGAAACUUUGGUUUUUCAGACAAUGGAAGGGUUACAGAUGUGAUGGGUUGAAAUUAAAAUCUCAGAAGCCUUUCUUCCAAGUGAGAAAAAGCUCAGGAAUUUUCAAGGGCGAUUUAUCUUGUGAAAUUGCUGUUAGAUCUGGUUGCUACAAGUUGGAAGCCUCGGCUGGGAAAUCAGCUUUCAAGAUCACAGACAGCAACGGAAGACUAGUUGCAAAGGUCACAAGAAAGCAAACAUCUUCAGGAAUAGUAUUGGGAGAUGAUGUAUUGACCUUAGUGGUGGAACCUGAGGUUGAUCACUCCUUUAUCAUGGCUCUAGUCACUGUUUGUGGAUUAAUUCAUCACAAAUUGUGAGCAUUAGUCUUCCAUGAAGGUGCAAGCUGGUUCAGAAUAUGGAGCAGAGAAUGAAAUUCUUUUUCCCUCGUUUACUAACUCUUGAAUUUUGCUGAUCUAAAGGAUUUUUCUUUUUAUUUGCCUGAGGAUUGGAUCUAUUUUCCCCAAUUUUUUACUGUACAUACAGAGCUCAAAUGUGGCUCUAGUACAGUUUGUAAUUAUAUACCAAAAAAAAAAAAUCAAUAUCAAAAAAUUCCAUCAAA